AUGGAGCGGGCACUGUUAAACUCGGGCCUCGGGUUCCGUCUGAGGUUUAGUACGAGCAGUGCCAAUGAGAACCACCGCCUCCCUGGCCUGGCAUUCGCGGAUGACCUGGUAAUCAUGGCAGAGAACAGAGAGGAUCUACAGACCCUUCUCGACAUUUGCCAGGUGGAAAUCUCCCGCAUCGGGCUAUGCUUCAGUACCAGGAAGUCGGCAGUCGUUUGUCUGGCUGGAGGGCUUACUGAUCCGGCUGUCCUGACUGUCGGGGGCGAACCGGUGGCUAUAUGUAAUGAAUACAGGUACCUCGGGGUCACUCUCUUUGCUGAGGCAGAUAAAUACAGCUUCCACGAGACCGCACUGCGGCAGGCGGCUCUUCGGGCGCAACGUAUCCUCCGCCGGCGGUACUUGUGGGGCUGUAACCGUUUCCUGAUGAUCCGCGAUCUAUGGAAACUGGUUCAUGUACCCGGCCUCACCUUUGCAAAUGCAGUUACCUGCCUCUCACCAGCAACACGAGAGUGGCUGGAGCGUCAGCAACGGGAGGCUGGGCGCACUGCUCUUGGAUGCCAUGGCCACGUAGCCAAUGAGGCCGUGCAGGGAGAUGUGGGAUGGUCGAGCUUCGAAGCCCGGGAAGCUGCGAGCAAGAUCGCCUACCGUGGCCGUCUCCUCUUCCUACCACGCACGCAAUGGGCUCGCCGAGUUUUCGAGUAUCUCUCGGCGACAUGCAUGCGAACUGACUGGACACGCCGAGUGUACCAUAUCGAAAAGAAGUACGGCUUCUUUGGUGAAAAAAUCGAGGCCGACACUGCAACCAAGUGGUCGAUCGAGGUCCACCGACGCGUGAAGGAAGCGGAAACCACCAUCUGGAGCAAGGAAAUGGAGUCGAAAUCCACCCUUGAACUCUAG